AUGAUGACACUGAAGGUUCAGGUUCUCUUUGGCUUCCUUUGCUGCAUGUUUUUUCUUCCUGUAGAUGGCUUCCCCGCAGACCCCAGUGCCGAAUUUCGCUCUGCUUUCUCUGUGGCCAGAACCAGCAGCAUGGAAGGGAGCUCCGAGAUGGUUAUCACCUUCGACAAGGUCUAUGUGAACAUUGGCAAUGACUUUGAUCCCAAGACUGGAUUGUUCCGCUGUCGGAUCCCUGGAGCCUACUACUUCUCCUUCACUGUUGGGAAAUACCCAAAGAAAAACUUGUCUGUCAUGCUGAUGAGGAACAAGAACGAGGUGCAGGUAAUCGUGUAUGACGAACAUCACCGCAAGGAACGCAAGGUGGCCAGCCAGAGCGCCAUGCUGCAGCUCGACUACGGCGACACGGUUUGGCUGCGUCUGCACGGAGACCCCAAGUAUGCUCUUUACAGCAAUGUGGGCCCCUACACCACUUUCAAUGGCUACCUAAUCUAUCCAGACACUUCUGCCUUCUUCCAGAAUGCUCUCAGCUCCCAAGAGAUGGGACCGCACCCUCACACUAUUCAGCAGAUUGCCAGAGAACAGAAUAAAGCUUCCCAGCAGCACGUGCUGUCUGAUCAGCCGAGCAAGACGCACGACCCUCGCUCUGCGUUCUCUGUCGCCCGCUCACAGAGUCUCCUGGGGACGGAUGAGCAGCAAACCCAGCACGAGCCAAUCACAUUUGACACAGAGUUUGUGAACAUUGGAAAAGACUUCAAUUCCUCCACUGGCAUCUUCUCGUGCCGUAUACCCGGGGCGUACUAUUUCUCCUUCACCAUUGGCAAAAUGCCCUUUAAGACUAUGUCAGUGAAACUUAUGAAGAACCACAAUGAGGUGCAGGCCAUGAUCUAUGACGACAACCACUCCAAGAGGCGGGAGAUGCAGAGUCAGAGCAUCAUGCUGCCCCUGCAAUAUGGGGACACUGUUUGGCUCUACAGCCAUCAGCACGAUGGCUAUGGUGCCUACAGCAACCACGGCAAGUACAUCACCUUCACAGGAUUCCUGAUCUAUUCAGAUGCUCAGCCAAAGCUGCUCCCAGGUGCCAGCUCGCCUCAAGGGUCAAAUAACUAAAUGCAGAUGUGGAAGCAGCAUAAGAAGAGCCAAGGUGCCAUGAACUUGGGUAUAGCUCCUCUUCAAAUAUCAUCCUCUGAGCAUGCUAUCAUGUGUCCAGUGCUUUCCUUACGCUGCACGCUGUGCCCUGGCUGCAGGGCCACUGCUGUGUCUGCCGUUCAUCCGUAGAGAGGCCUUUCAGGCUGCUCCUGUGUGUUCUGUGUUGGUGUUUGACUUAAGCAUAAAGCAUGAGGUAGUUUUGGGGCAGCGAUGGGGCAGUGUAGUGAGAUGCUGAGGGUCAGAGAGCCACUGCAGUCAUGUUACUGCAGAUCCCCAGCACCCAGAAAGCAAAGGAUGUGGUGACUUUCCUUGUAUAUCUGGGGAGGGAAUAAAUGUAAUGAAAAUGAAUGUAAUAAAAAUACAAAAGAUAUAAAAUGUU